AUGCAGUCAGCUACUUCUCUUUCUUCAAUAUCAUCUUCAACAUCAAGUAAUUCAUCUAUUUAUGGUUCUCGAACGAUUCUUGAAACAAAAGAUCUACCUUUUGCUGCACCUCGAUGUCGAUCAUCGAUUGCCGCUUUUCUCGACGAUGAUCAAACUCUUUUCUCUUCACCAUCAUCAUCGCCACCACCACUACCUCCUCCACGUCGUCGUCAAACACAACUUCCAUCUUCAAAUAAAACAAUGAUCAAAUGUCGACAACUCUUUCGUACUUGUUUAUCAUCAACAUCAUCAUCGCCACUUUCUCUACCAACACAAGCUGCACAUCUAAAUACAACACUUCGAAAAGAAUAUUUUGCUAAGCUAUGUCACAAUCAUCGAUUACUUCUUGUUCUCACUGAUUAUCAAUGUAAAUGUGGUUGUCAUUUUUCGAUGGAAGAAGGCAGUUUUGUGAUCUUAUAUGAAACAAAAAAUGAACUAUCAACAUUCAAGAAAAGUGGUAGUGUGACAGUAAUAUCAAAUGAAUUAGUUUGUUCAAAAGUUCCAAUUGAAUUUGUAUGUGAUGUAGAAUUAUUGCGUUCUCGUGUUCGUACAAGACGUUUUGAUAGUGAUGAUGAACAAAGUUUUGAUUUAUAA